AUGGCAGCCACUGCGCGGAUCGAAGAAGAUCUUUCGCAGAACCGUUUCUUGCAGGUGCUCCGUGCCAGCUUUGAAGGCAUAUACCGGCAGGCCGCUAAGGGAGGAGAGAAGACGGUGGUGCUGGUUCCUUGCGCAGACUGCCUGGAGGUUGAGCACUUUGCACAGAACUUUGCAGAAACCCAUCUCCUGCACGCGACAUGUGUUCCUGGCUGCUACAUGAACCUUCUUGGACAAGGUGUUGAGAUCAAGGACAGCAGCGUGUCGACUCGUCUCGGCUUUCCUGAGCAACGCGUCUGUGAGGUCUUGCAGAGCGAGUCGAUGUACGAUGUGGGCAACACUUUCCGGGUUCUCGUGAUUGACAAGCCGCUGAUUGGCCGUCACCGCCCACUGCCGGGUGCAGCCGACCGUGCCAAAGCGACAGCUGAGACAUCUGAGCUGUCCGUAGAUGACAUGCUACUGCAGGCUCCGAUGAUUCAGGGCGAUUUCUUCGACGAAGUGGACCGCUUCCGAAAGACUUUCGUGCAGGUUGCGGGCUGCGAGGGUCGCACGGCGGAGAGGAUUCGCGAGAUCGUGAACGGCGCGGUGCAACGCCUCGGCCGGCAUCACAAGCUGACGUCCUCCUCGCAGCUGCGACAGCUUGAGUUCACGGUGAGUCGUCAGGCCUACACGGCAUUGCACUCCUUCGUCUUCCCCCAUUUGCAACAGAUCCUUUCAACCCACGAAGAGCGGCUGCAGAAAGCCAUCCGGUCCUACGGCUCCGUGGAGGACGUGGUGGAAGCCAUCCCAGGUGGCGGUCAAGGCCUCGCCUUUGUAGAUAUCUCCGAGGCGGCGAAAGAGCUGGAGCUCAUGGAUGGCAAGAUCGCCCCUCACGAGAAGGUCGAGUGCAUCGACAAGGCCCACAGCUCACUCCAGCGCUGCAUCGCCGACUGCCUACAGGAGUCUCCAAUACCCGCGGCUCCAAUCGAAAUCACAGGCGACGAUGUGCUGUCCUUGCCCUUUGCCUGA